CGAGGACGAGCCCAGCGACGGGACGCAAAGAGAGACAAACUGACAAUGCACGCGAGACACGACAUCAACGAGAGACACAAGAAGCGAGAAGAUAACGAAACCCUUUGAAAAAUACCCCCCCCCCCUCCAGUUGGUUCCUGUGGGCAACCGUCACGCGCUGAUGGCCGACAGUCGCGUGUUGCCGGGCGCCUGGAGCCGAAUCCGGGGCCCGCCGAGCCAGCAGCCCGCCGCACAGUCCGAUGCCGUCUGGCUGCUCAUUGCCCGCCUGGGUGAGGUGCGUCGGCGGGGCUGGCCCACCGCCGCCACUCCCGCCGCCGUGCUCGGCGUCAAACUCCCGCCGCUCUUUGACGUCCAUCAGGUGCCCCAGGUGUUUCGCGAGGACGGCAUUCUGUCUGGCUACCGCCACCCGCAGAGCUCGGCGCUGGACUGCCUGCUCAGCAGUUUCCGCAUCAACAACGAGACAGUCAACAUUUGGACGCACUUCCUGCCGACCUGGUACUUUGUGUGGAGGCUGGCCUCGCUGUGCUCCGACGUCAGUUUGGCAAGCGACAGCUACACGUGGCCGCUGCUGGCCUACAUGCUGCCGGUGUGCGUGUACCCCUUUACCUCCUGCUGCGCGCACACCUUUAGCGCCAUGUCGUCAGAGUGGUGCCACAUCUGGUACUUUUUGGACUACGGCGCACUCAGCCUCUACAGCCUGGGCAGCGCCAUCUGCUACGGCUGCUACGCCAUGCCCGACGGCUGGCUCAACGGGUGGCUGCAUCGGCACUUUGUGGCCAUCGCUGUGGGCAACAGCUUGUUCUGCACCGGUCUCUCCUGCUACUCACGGUUCGUGGAGGUGCGCUUCCCGCGGAGAAGCAAAGUUCUGCGCACCGCCGCCUUUGUGCUGCCUUUUGUCUUUGACAGUUUGCCCGUCUUCUACAGGCUCCUCCUGUGCUGCGGGGGAUGCUGCAGUCCCAGCGAGGCUCUGCUCAGCCACUUGUACCAGGUGACCUUGGCCUUCCUCACCUGCUUCCUGUUUGCCUCGCACCUUCCCGAGAGGUUGGCGCCGGGACGCUUCGACUACUUUGGCCACAGCCAUCAGCUCUUCCACGUGUGCGCCGUGUUGGCAACGCACUUCCAGGUGGAGGCGGUGUUGUGCGACAUGACUUCGCGGCGGGCGCGGCUGGAGGCGGCGGGGACUGCGCCUUCCCUGCCCGGCACGGCCGGCGUGCUGGCGCUGAGCCUGGCCCUUAACUUGGCCGUCAUCGCCCUCUUCAGCGCGCCAUUGCUCAGGCGACGGCAAGGACUAAGACACUGUGGCCACUAAGUAGUGCAUUAAGCAAGUUAAAACAUUUUUUAAAAAGUGAGAGAUUUUAACAUAAGUUACAUAUUUGUACAUGACAAGUGACAUGUUUUAAUGAGUUAAGUUUCACAUAUGUUGAAUAUUCCCAUUUUAACCAAAGUUUCACAUUAUUUAAUGAGUCAGCAUGAAAUUCAUCAAACAUAAAAAUGUUCAUGCUUCAGUGUAAAAUUAAUUACCUUAUGAAUAACUUGAUCUUGAACUAUUUUUGUCCGUUGUGGCAGACGCUUUUGCAAACACUCAGAUGUUUUUUAUGGAAACUUUUUUUGCAAAAAUGCACUCUAAUAUUUAGUGCCAAUAUUCCUGACUGGAUCAUGGUUACCUGUUUGUAUUGUUCUGUCUUUGUGUCAUUAAUACGAAUAUUGAUAGUGGGAUGUUUUGACUGGAAAGAACCUGGUGCUUUUGAAUGUUUUAUAUGCUCAGAAAAAAAAAUGAAUGUAUGAAUAAAUACUUGUGUGCUGUGUACACUGA